AUGAAGCAAUUCACUGCCCUCUCCCUCAUCUCCCUCGCUACUGCGGUGAAAGGGCAUGGGUACAUGGUCAGCCCUGCCAGCCGAACUCGUCAAGGAUUCGAGGACGGCACUGACACCUGUCCCGAGUGCACCAUUCUGGAACCCGUCCAAUCGUGGCCCGACCUCGACGCCGCCACCGUCGGCCGUAGCGGGCCCUGCGGCUACAACGCCCGCGUGAGCGUCGACUACAACCAGCCCGGCAAGGCCUGGGGCAACGAAGUCGUCGAGACCUACGCGGCCGGCGACGUCAUCACGGUCCAGUGGUGCGUCGACCACAACGGCGACCACGGCGGCAUGUUCACCUACCGCAUCUGCCAGGACCAGGCCCUCGUCGACAAGUUCACCGACCCCUCGUACCUCCCUACCGAGGCCGAGAAGCAGGCGGCCGAGGACUGCUUCAACGAGGGCGUCCUGAGCUGCGGUGAUGUCGACGGGCAGGACUGCUCGUACAGCCCGGACUGCUCCGAGGGCGCUGCGUGCUGGCGCAACGACUGGUUCACGUGCGAGAAGUUCGGAGAGGGGAGUUGCAAGGGCGUUGACGGUGCGGCCCUCAACUCGUGCGCGACCACCAUUGCGGGCGGAUACACGGUCACGAAGCAGGUCAAGCUGCCUGACUACUCGUCCAAGCACACGCUGCUAUCCUUCAAGUGGAACUCGUUCCAGACGGGCCAGAUCUACUUGUCCUGCGCAGACAUUGCCAUCACCGGCGGUUCCGGCGGAGGUGCCUCGUCGAAUUCCACUCGCUAG